CGGUGCGAGCUGAAGCUGAGGCUCAGGCGGUGGCGGCGGCCCAGUGGAGUCACGGCCGUGGGUAGCGGGCUCGGCGUGUCUGACCUUCUUCCGCCUCCUCGCAAAGUUCUUCGACGCGGUUUGGGGUCCAGCGGACACCGUCCCUGGCCAUGGACUCCCAGAAAGAAGCUCUGCAAAGGAUCAUUUCAACUCUGGCAAAUAAAAAUGAUGAAAUUCAGAACUUUAUUGAUACACUAAACCAAACACUAAAAGGAGUUCAGGAAAAUUCUUCUAACAUACUUUCAGAAUUAGAUGAAGAAUUUGACAGUUUAUACUCCAUAUUGGAUGAGGUAAAGGAAAGCAUGAUUAACAGUAUCAAGCAGGAACAAGCACGUAAAUCGCAAGAGUUACAGAGUCAACUUAGUCAAUGUAAUAAUGCCCUGGAGAACUCAGAAGAACUACUAGAAUUUGCAACAAGAUCAUUAGAUAUAAAGGAACCUGAAGAAUUUUCAAAGGCUGCCAGACAGAUCAAGGAUAGAGUAACAAUGGCUUCAGCCUUUCGCCUUUCUUUGAAACCAAAGGUCAGUGACAACAUGACUCAUUUAAUGGUGGAUUUUUCUCAGGAAAGACAGAUAUUGCAGACUUUGAAGUUUUUGCCAGUCCCCAAAGCUCCAGAGAUAGAUCCAGUAGAAUGUUUGGUGGCUGACAACUCUGUGACGGUAGCUUGGAGAAUGCCAGAAGAAGAUAAUAAGAUUGAUCAUUUUAUACUGGAAUAUAGGAAAACGAAUUUUGAUGGACUUCCACGUGUAAAGGAUGAACGAUGCUGGGAGAUAGUUGAUAAUAUUAAGGGUACUGAAUAUACACUAUCAGGUUUAAAGUUUGAUUCAAAGUACAUGAAUUUCAGAGUGCGAGCUUGUAACAAGGCUGUGGCUGGAGAGUAUUCUGAUCCAGUGACUCUAGAGACCAAAGCACUUAAUUUCAAUUUGGAUAACUCAUCCUCCCAUUUGAACCUGAGAGUUGAAGAUACCUGUGUAGAGUGGGAUCCUACUGGAGGAAAAGGUCAAGACAGUAAAAUUAAAGGAAAAGAGAACAAGGGCAGUGUCCAUGUUACUUCACUGAAGAAACAUUCAAGAAGUGGUACCCCAUCCCCUAAACGGACAUCUGUAGGCUCCAGGCCACCAGCAGUAAGAGGCAGCAGAGAUCGUUUUACGGGGGAAUCGUACACAGUGUUGGGAGACACAGCUAUUGAAAGUGGACAACAUUAUUGGGAGGUCAAGGCCCAGAAGGAUUGUAAAUCCUACAGUGUGGGAGUAGCGUACAAGACUUUGGGGAAAUUUGACCAAUUGGGAAAGACAAACACUAGUUGGUGUAUCCAUGUGAACAACUGGCUACAGAACACAUUUGCAGCAAAGCAUAAUAAUAAGGUCAAAGCCUUGGAUGUUGCUGUUCCUGAAAGAAUAGGUGUAUUUUGUGAUUUUGAUGGGGGUCAGCUUUCUUUCUAUGAUGCAAACUCAAAACAGUUGUUGUAUUCCUUUAAGACAAAAUUUACUCAGCCAGUACUACCUGGUUUCAUGGUUUGGUGUGGUGGACUUUCUUUGAGUACUGGGAUGCAGGUUCCAAGUGCUGUGAGGACUCUUCAGAAAAAUGAAAAUGGAAUGACUGGCUCCACUAGCAGCUUAAACAAUAUUACUCAGUGAUGCCUACUCAGAAUAUGUUUAUCUUCCCCCACUCCUUUUUGAUUGGGUGGCCUUUUCCGUGCAGUUACUAAUCGCAGCAGUUUACAAGUGAUGGAAGUCAGGUUUGCUACCUUCUGCUCUAAGCUCUGGAGUCUUUUUGCAUCAGGCAUCUAGUAGGAAGCAUUCACAGGAGCCUGCUGUGGGGCAUCAGAGAAGCAAGCAGACAUCUAGCAAGAAACUGAUGUUCUGAAGAGUAAAUGAGAAAAAAAGGCAGUGUUAAGUAGUUACAUAGAAACUCAUUUUUGUGUUUCUUGGAUUACUUUGACUAUUCUAAAAUGUUUAGUUACGUAUGGUAGCCCUAGGACCUGAAGGAAAAGCAUUUAAAUCUUCUUUCCCCUAUACUUUCCCUUUUUUUAAUGUCAUCACUACCUAUUAUUUAAUUCUUACACUGAAGCUUUAAAACUGUACAGUCUUCCAUGGUUUUCUAACAACUGAAAAAAAAUGGAUUGGGCAUGCUAGAAAGGUUUUCUUCCAGUAGUUUAUUUUUCCCCUUUUAUAAAUAAGUUGAGGUUUGCUAAAUUGUUAUCUUUUAUUUUUCCACUAGAUUGUAUAUUGUUUUCUUCUUUCCAAAUAUUGUGAUAGUUCUCUCACGGUUUAUAACUCAAAAUAGAGAAUGGACAGGAAGUGUUUCUAGAUAUAAUAGCUUUAAAUUGCCCAAAUUUCAGUUUUUUUCCUGCUGCAAAGAGAUAUUCUUUAUACGUUACCUUGUUUAAUUAGACCUCUGUCCAUUAUUUUGAAUGAUGGGUAAGAUUUUUUUAAAGCUUUAUAUUUUCUGAUUUUUUUGUCUAGUUUAAUAGAAACUUUAAUAGUUUUGGUAAAAUUCCCACUUGAAUUUGGUGUAAUAACGUAGUAAUUAUGCUUAUUUUUAACAUUUUUAGUAAGGUGAAAGAUCAUUAAAGCUAUAUAGAAAGUAGAAGAAGCUACCUAUUCAAGUUUUAUCUAUAAGGAAAAGGUUAUAAAGGGAGGUGCCUAAAACUAUUCUUUACUGAAGUCAUCUAUAUCUGCUUUUUAGUAAGAUGGAAUCGUUAAAAACAAGAGUUUUGAAAAAACUAUGUAUCUCUGACUUAUUUGGCACAUGAAUUUUUCAGACAUACCUAUUCAGAGGUUAUUUUUCUCUCAGUCUUUUUGCUACUUCAUUUGCUUUCUAAAGGAUCAUAAUUCUUCAAAAAAAAAUCAACAUAGAGUGAUCUUUACCAUACAUAGGGAAGAUGUGUUAAACCAUGAGUAAUACCCAUGAUUAUUGAGCAAAGCAUUUGUAUUUUUAAAGUUGAUUAAAAUUUGUAACAGGUUCUUUGAGCCAAAUUGCAAGUUGUCAUUACAGUAUUUAGGAAUUCCUUGAGCAUUUUCAAGAGGUAUGGGUUUGUAUAUUCCUUAAUAUUCGAAGCUGUUACUUUCUCCUGUUGACUUUCUUCCAUUCAUAUUUUAAGUAUAUUGUCUUAUGAUACCUUUCUCCCUAGAAGUGACCAUUGCUGUGUACAUUUGAGUUACUAUCUAUAGAAAGACUUGUGGGAUAGGAACAGCUCAGUCUCUCUUAAAGUUUAUUGCUUACUGAUGAGAUGUUUUGUUCUUUGUAAAACAAAUCUAAUGAGGAAUUUUAUUCAAACUGGGUAUUCAUUUUUCCAGAGGAGAGUCAUAUCUAUACCGUUGUCUGAUAAUGUAUUUUAAAAACCAUAAGGCAGUUUAGAGUAUGAUAUUGUCAGUAGAUAUUGUUUUGAUUCUCCAAAUAAAUAUAAUUUUGAUUUUUGUUUUUCCUAGAGAUUUUGAAAGAAAUUUUUGGAUGUCCUGUUCUCUGCAGCAGGGUUAUUGCAGGACCUAAGGAAACAGGAAGUUAUAAUUCUCUUUCAUAGAGUUAAACCUGAAAGCAGUAAGUUAGUGGUGGAGCUGCUUUAUAUGAACAGUCAUGUAUAUUUUAACAAAAAUGACACUGAAAAAGCCAGAAGUUCUUGUAUAAAAACUUUUACUAUUAUGUCUGUAUAAUUAUAUCCUGUUUUUAAUUUUAAGUGCCUUCUUCCUCUUAAGCAUGCUCUCACUCCAUGCCCCAUGCAUUGUCAACUGAUAUUUAAACCAGAGACCAUUACGUAAUACUGGUGAGGAGUUCUAUUGCAAGGGCAUGAGGAAAGGAAAAUACUAGUCAGGGGCUGGAGGAGUGCAUAUGAUUCUUGUGUGUGCUCAUCCCAUCAUUUGAAACCCUUCGUAUAAAACAUUGUAGUAUCAUUUGGAAAAAUUCAUUUGAAGUAAUACUUUUAUACUUCAAAAGAAGAAUCUGGGGUUUCCCUCUUACUAUGCUUCUUCUUCCCACCUUCCCAGAAAUACAAAAAAAAAUGUGUGGGCUUUUAGCUUAAUUCAUUUAAGUUUAUUUGUGUUAAGUUAAACUGGAGGAAGUUUGUCAUUCGCAUUUUCAAACUAGAAAAUAAUCAACUAUAGUGCCUAUUUACAUAGUCUGAAAUUAAGGUAACUGUUAACUUGACACAAUAUAUAACAUUCUCAUUAACAUUGGAAUUAAAAAAUAUUGAGAUUUUUUCCUCAAUUGAAGACAUGAAAAGUUGGUAUACUCUUUAAAAUAUUUUUUUUUUUACUCUUUGUUUUGACAGGUCAAACAUGAUUGCUUUCUACAAAAGAAAUGCAUGAGAGGUUGAUGGUAGUGGAUAUACCACAAGUGUAAAAAAUUGUGUUUUAUAAAAAUAUACACUUAGUAUUGCCUUUCUCUUUUAGCAGUUGAAUC